ACAGAUCCACACAGGUCUUUAUUUUUAAGUAUUUUUAUUCUGAGUUAUGUUCUGCUGUCCUCUAUUUCUCUGCUCACUCCAUUUCUCAACCUGCUGGUCAUCAUCUCUAUCUCUCACUUCAAGCAGCUCCACACGCCAACCAACAUCCUCACCCUCUCUCUGGCUGUCUCAGAUUUCUUCGUGGGCCUCCUCAUGUUGUUUCUAGUUAUGUACCUAGACGGCUGCUGGUACCUCGUUGAACAACACAGCAGCUAUCACUCCUGUUUUGGAGAGUGUAUCAUUUUCAUUAACUACAUAGUUGGAUUUGUAGAUCUUUCUAUUUCCUUCAUUGCUCCCAUUACUGUUAUUGUAUUUUUGUAUAUGAGGGUGUUUGUGGUGGCUGUGUCUCAGGCUCGUACCAUGAGGUCUCACACUGCAGCUGUCACACUCCAGAGUUCAGUGAAAGUUAUUGCCAAAAAAUCUGAGCUGAAAGCAGCCAGGACUCUAAGUAUUGUUGUAGUUGUGUUUUUGAUAUGUCUCUGCCCAUAUUACUGUGUUGGUCUUACAGGCCCAGAUAACAUGAUGAAUGCUUCUUCUGCUAUCUUUGUGAUAGGUCUGUAUCAUUUUAAUGCCUGUGUAAACCCUGUGAUCUAUGCAUUGUUUUACCCCUGGUUUAGAAAAUCAGUUAAAUUCAUUGUCACACUUAAGAUACUGCAGCCUGGCUCAUGUGAGACCAACAUGCUGUAG